AUGGGCUGGUGGGUGCACUCCUCUUUCAUUAACAGACAUCACAUCACUACCUUUACCGUAGGGUAUACCCUGCUGACCCGGUGGUUUUCCAGUGCCUUCCUGAUGCAGGCAGUCGUGGCUGCUAGAAAAGGGAGAGUUUGCCAGAAGCACCAGGAGGCACUGAACCUCUUUUGCAAGGAUGACGAAGCCCUCAUCUGUCUGGUCUGCGUCCAAUCCAAGAAGCACAAAGAUCACAAGACUGUUCCUCUUGAGGAGGGCCCAGGGGCAGUUGUGGCUUCUAGGAAAGGGAGACUUUGCCAGAAUCAUCAGGAACCCCUGAAGCUCUUCUGCAAGAAGGAUGGAGCCCUCAUCUGUUGGGUCUGUGACCGAUCCAAGGAGCAUAGAGAUCACGAGACCCUUCCUCUUGAGGAGGCCUCUCAAGAAUACAAGGACCAGUUCUGCAACCAUCUGAAGAUUCUGAAGAAGGAAAGAGAAAGAAUUGUGGGGUGUACAGCUGAUGUAUCGAAGGAAGCCCUAGCCCUGCUUAAGCAAAUGACAGGAGAGAAGCAAAAGACAGUGAAAAAGUUCAGGGAACUACACUCCUUUCUGGAGAAACAAGAGAAACGUCUGCUGGAUCAAAUAGAAGAGGUGGAGAAGGAGAUAGCAACAACCAGGGACCAGCACUGGGCUGAACUCUCUAAGGAGCACUCCCAUCUGGACAGCCUCAUCCAGGAGAUCCAGGAGAAGUGUCAGCAGCCGGCCAGUGAUCUUCUGUGGGAUGCCAGAAGCACCUUGAAGAGGUGUGAAGAAAAGGAGACGUUUGCGAAUCCAGUGACUUUUCCUCAUGCACUGAAGAAGCGCAUCUCGGACUACUCCAAUCAAAAUCUCAAUUUGGAGAGCAUCAUGAAGCAAAUCACACACUCUCUGGAUUCUGGACUUCAGCUGCAGAAAGCAAAUGUGACUUUGGAUCCAGACGCAGCCCAUCCCCGACUCAUCCUGUCUGAGGAUCGGAAAAGCAUGAGACUAAGAGAAAAAGUUCAAACUCAGCCCAACAAUCCUGAGAGAUUCAACAAUUAUUAUUGUGCUGUGUGGGGCCGUGAGGGGUUCACAGGAGGCCGCCAUUUCUGGGAAGUCCUUGUGGGAAGUGAGGGAGGAUGGAGUGUGGGGGUGGCCAGAAAGUCUGUGAGGAGGAAGGGACAUUUUAAGUUCAGUCCUGAGGGAGGGAUCUGGGAGGUGGGGAAGUGGCGAGGGGGGCAUUACUGGGCUAGCAGAGGAGGCUCUUGUAUUCGCCUGUCCCUGCAUGGGGAGCCCAAGAGGGUCCGAGUCUGUCUGAACUAUGAUGAGGGUCAGGUCACCUUUUUCAACGCUGACCAAGGAACCCUCAUCCACGAGUACUCUGGAGCCUCCUUCUCUGGAGAGACCCUCCUGCCCUUCUUUCAGGUACUUACAGGCCACCUCAAACUCUGUUAA